GAUGAUGAUGGUGGUGGUGUCAGGAGUCAGCCCACGUGACGCAGCUCGCAGGCAGCCCGCGUCGCGAGGCCGUCAUGGCGUGGAAGUGCGGAGGCAGCAGCCACGCCGAGUUGGUCAAAAAUCUGCGAAGCAAUGGCAUCGUUAAAUCCGACCGCGUUUACCAGGCAAUGAUUGCCACGGACAGAGGAAAAUACGCCAAGCACAAUGCCUACAUGGACUCGCCGCAGUCCAUUGGUUAUCAGGCAACUAUAAGUGCACCUCACAUGCACGCCUAUGCCCUGGAGAUAUUGCAAGACCAUUUGUUUGAAGGGGCUUCAGUCUUGGAUGUUGGUUCUGGGAGUGGCUAUCUCACUGCUUGCAUUGCAAGAAUGGUGGGGUCUUCAGGAAAGGUCAUUGGGAUUGAUCACAUCCAGGAGCUGGUGGAUGAAGCCGUCAAAAACGUCAACAGAGAUGACAUGUCUCUUCUCUCUAAGGGGCAAGUGACACUUGUAGUUGGUGAUGGCAGGCAGGGGCACACAGAAGGUGCUCCCUAUGAUGCCAUCCAUGUGGGAGCUGCUGCACCUACAGUUCCACAGGCGUUGAUAGACCAGCUGAAGCCAGGCGGCCGGCUCAUUUUGCCCGUGGGGCCAGCAGGGGGAAACCAGACGAUGGAACAAUAUGACAAGCUGGAGGACGGUACCGUACGACACUGCCCUCUGAUGGGCGUCAUCUACGUGCCACUCACUGACAAGGACAAGCAGUGGGCAUGCUGGAAGUAAAGCUUGCAGGGCCAGAAAGACUUAUUUUUCCCUUUGUAGGGAUGCUAGAUGACCUCUGAUCAAGAACCUGAACACCAAACCAUGGCGACUGCGUGAAAUGCUGCACACUCACUUUAAUUGCGCCUUCAUAUAUGUAGUGCCAUGCAUCUUUUACACAAGAUGUAUUUAGUGUUUUGUAUCUUAAAUUCUGUUUUGCAUUAUCAUUCUCACUCGCAAACUUGCAAAAUAAGUGUAUUGUUGGACCUCAGUCAGUUCGUAUGACAGAAAAAAGGAAGACUUGCUGGAAGUUUAUAUGUUUUUUAAUCAACUACAUUAUGUUUUGCGUUUGCCUUGAACAUUCUGUAUCUGCAGUGUAAUAUGUGAGCUGAAUGCACUGGAGCUGUGUGAUAGUUAUUGCAUACAUUUGAAUCUUAAGACAUUUCUGAAACAUCAAUAUCGAUUGAAAAUUCUCAUUCUAGAACUCAGUCAACUUUUACUUUGUGCGGAUUGCAGAAUGGGAUAGUGCACAUAAUUAAAUAUAUAGCAAAAUUACUGUGUUUUUGCAGUUUUCUAAAGCACUUAGAGGUUGUAUGGCAUGUUAUUCAGCAUAAUAUCUGACUUUUCACUCCACUUACUGCGAGCUCAAUUUAUCUAGCUAUGAUAUAGCAUUGCUGAUGGAUAAACCAAGCUGCUCUAAGCAUUUCCUGAAGAAGCUCCCAGCAUGUGGAGCAAAACGUUGGACAUCAUGCCAAACAACACGCAGUACAAUCUAAAAACAAAUCCCAGCCCUAUUUAACAAACUUGGCCAGUAUGAUUUAAAAUACAAAAUGCUGUUCAUGAUGUUGUACACUUAAGGGUGAAAACAUAAUGGAAUAAUGGAAAUCUAUAUUUUCGAUUUGUACGUACAUUUUAUUUUAAAUAGGAAGGUACAUUUACAGCAACAUGUAACAUUGUUUGAUAAAAUAUUUUAAUGCAGUUAUAUAUAUGCAUUGUGUUUUGUGAAUUUAUUUUUUAAUGGUCACAAAUUUUCCGAAACAACACUAACAUGGUAAUACAUUGUACAUUAAUAUGCAAAACAAUAUCUCCACUUUUAUAAUGCAGCUGAAUUUGAGUUGUGGUAUGACUUGUUUUUUUAUUGCCUUUUCAAGCAGAUAGAUUUAUUGCGAUUGUGUUGGAGAUCUAUGCUCGCCAAUCCGAAUGUCCUGGCACAGUAACAGAUGAACAAAUACAUGCUUUAAAUCUAUUGGUAGCAGUAAAAAAUUUAUCAGUUUGGCAGUUAUAUUUAUUUACUGAAUAUCAGUUUACUACAUGGCUUAAGCUACCGCUGGUUUAAUUUUCUUGUGUGUUUUCAUGUUGUUUAUGUUUGCACAUUUAAAAAUGUCCUACACUGCAUUGUAGUACAUAGCUUAAAUGUAGGACAGAGAGUGUUGAUUUGAAUGGAGGACUGCUUCCCAGUAUCGUUUGAAUAUUACUUCUGGUCUGCUCAAAUGUAUAAAAUAUCAGUGUGCAUAUCACUAGAUAUGUCUGCAAGUGGUGGGUCGCUUAUUGUUGCGUAAUAAUAUGUCAUUGUUUUGUAAAAAAAUACUUAUGAAUGUGGGUUUUUAGUAGGGCAGGUAACACCAACAUUUACUGAAAUAUCUAAAGAUAUUGUGAAAUUUAGGCCAUUAUUGGCCUCAAAGUAAAUAACUAUGUACUGAGAAGAAUGUUUGGAAAAUGUAAUUUGAAGUCGGAAAGUAUUGCUUUGUCUUGUCAACAAAUGUACUUAUUUGGUAUGAUUUCCACCAUGCUCAACACAUAGAAAAAAAACGUAAUUGGUAACAUGAUAAAACUGUUUGCCUGGUUUGCAAGCUUUGAGCUUCAUAAAAAUAAAGUCAACCACCUAGCAUCUCUCUUUAAGGAUAACACGACAUGGGCAUGUGAAUGCUCUUGUUUCAUUUAUAAGUGGAAGUAUUUAUGGAAGCACAUAGUGGUUUGCUGUGCUGGAACGUGUUUCCAAUAAAGCUUCCAGAUUCAAGCAAAGUUGCACUUAACCUUGUUGCUGCUAGACCAUGGGCUGUUGUUCUUUCUGAUCACUUGUCGUGUACUCAUCAGCAUAUGGUAAUAAAAAGACAGUGACCUAAAGUAAAA